AUGUCAACUUCUCUAGACUCCUCUGGGCGUGCACGACCGGGCAUCGGGUUCUCAAGGCGCCAGAACUUCAGUGGAUGUAACAUGACAACCGAGCGGGUAUUGCUAGUUGCACGCACCCCGCUUCCCUGUGCACGGAAGCGCUUACCAUUGAGCUUGAGCGGUGAGGUUUGCUCAUCCAUAGGCCUGACUUUGUGGUGUGGGCUGAAGGUCGGAAAGGAUGAUCGGGUCCAGGCGAGAAAAAAGCUGGAUGCCACCGACAUCAUAGCUUUCUCACAUUCAGGAAACGGACGGAGUAACAGAGUACUCUGUACUCCGUACAGGAUGCUCUAUGAGUUUAAUGUAUCUCAGUACAUGGUUGGUGGGGCGGGGCGAAAGGAUAAAGAAUACAUCUUUCUGCCGGUUGUUAUUUUUAACCGGAUCUCCUCCGUAAAGACUUCCGAACCCGUUACUAUGUAA